CCCCCGCCGGCGCGAGCGCUGUGGUGAAGCCGCCGCAUUGUUUGUGCCGAGGGGGGGAGGAGGGGAAAGAGCCUCUCGGCCGCGGCGGGAGCCUCCGCGCCCAACCCGCAGCCGGACUGCGGCCCCUUCGCCUCCCGCCCCGGAGGCGUCGCCGCUGCCGGAGCCAGCCACCGCCGCCGCGCCCGCCACCUCCUCUGCUGCCGCCGCCGCCGCCUUCUUUUCCCCUCACCCCGCCGCCUCCAGCCCCGCUCCGCCCGGCGCUAGCAGCGCAGGGAGCGAGCGAGCGCCGCCGCCGCCAUUAGCCCGGACCCAGCCCGGUGGUGUCUUCGAGCGAGAGGAGGGUCUGUCAGCCGCGUCCCGGCGGCUCCCUCAGAUAAUCAGUACCAAAUGAGGAGGAAAGGAAGAUGUCAUCGAGUAUCUUCAGCAAGGCACUCUUCUUCUCCCUGCAGUAUUAAACACUCUCCUACAAGAGAAACCUUGACCUAUGCUCAAGCUCAAAGAAUGGUAGAAAUAGAAAUCGAAGGUCGAUUGCAUAGAAUCAGUAUCUUUGAGCCCUUGGAGGUUAUAUUAGAAGAUGAUCUUACAGCCCAAGAAUUGAGUGAAUGCAACAGCAAUAAAGAAAAUAGUGAGAGACCGCCAAUUUUUUUGAGAACCAAGCGGCAUAGAAACAACAAAAUUAAAAAGAAAAAUGAAGCUCUUCCAAGUGCACAUGGCAUUCCAUCUACAGCAAGUAUUCUUCCAGAACCCAAAGUGCAUAUUGUUGAGUACAGUCCACCUUCUGCUCCUCGAAGGCCUCCAGCUUACUACAAAUUCAUUGAGAAGUCUUCGGAAGAACUUGAUAACGAAGUGGAGUAUGAUAUGGAUGAAGAAGAUUAUGCAUGGUUAGAAAUAAUUAAUGAGAAGCGAAAGAGUGAUGGAGUCUCUGUUGUAUCACAAAAUAUGUUUGAAUUUCUUAUGGACCGUUUUGAAAAAGAGUCUUACUGUGAGAUUCAAAAACAGGGUGAACAUCAGUCUUUAAUUGAUGAAGAUGCGGUUUGUUGUAUUUGCAUGGAUGGAGAGUGUCAGAACAGUAACGUAAUUCUUUUUUGUGAUAUGUGCAACUUAGCAGUGCAUCAGGAGUGUUACGGGGUGCCAUAUAUACCUGAGGGCCAGUGGCUCUGCAGACAGUGUCUGCAGUCCCGUUCACGGCCUGUAGACUGUGUACUGUGCCCAAACAAAGGAGGUGCCUUUAAAAAGACUGAUGAUGAUCGGUGGGGACAUGUUGUGUGUGCUCUUUGGAUUCCAGAAGUUGGAUUUGCCAAUACCGUUUUUAUUGAGCCAAUAGAUGGAGUCAGGAACAUUCCCCCUGCACGAUGGAAAUUAACAUGCUACCUCUGCAAACAGAAAGGUGUUGGUGCCUGUAUUCAGUGCCACAAAGCAAAUUGCUACACAGCAUUCCAUGUUACAUGUGCUCAGAAAGCUGGUUUAUAUAUGAAAAUGGAACCAGUGAAAGAGCUGACAGGCAGUGGAACAACGUUCUCAGUAAAAAAGACUGCUUAUUGUGAUGUACAUACACCACCAGGUUCUAUUCGGAGACCUCUGAAUAUUUAUGGAGAAGCUGAACUGAAAAAUGGUCUAUACAGAAAAGAGGGCUCAGCCAAAACAAGGUCUGCGUCAAAAGUCAAGAAAAAGGCUAAAAAGUCCAAGAAAGCAGCAACUGAACCUUGUACAGUUAUGCCUGCAGUGUCUGCCCCAUGUAUCCCUCCUCAGAGAUUAAAUAAAAUUAUGAAUCAGGUUGCCAUUCAGCGGAAGAAACAAUUUGUUGAAAGAGUGCACAGUUACUGGUUACUAAAAAGGCUGUCCAGAAAUGGCGUUCCUCUGUUAAGAAGACUACAAUCCAGUUUGCAGUCGCAAAGAAACACACAACAGAGGGAAGAUGAUGAAGAAACACAAGCUUUAAAGGAGAAGUUGAAGUACUGGCAAAGGCUACGCCAUGAUCUUGAGAGAGCACGAUUGUUGAUAGAACUUAUACGAAAACGAGAAAAAUUAAAAAGAGAGCAGAUCAAAGUGGAACAGGUUGCCCUGGAGCUUCAGUUAACUCCUUUUACUGUGCUGCUGCGGUCAGUACUGGAUCAGCUACAAGAAAAGGAUUCCGCUCGCAUUUUUGCCCAACCAGUUAAUCUUAAAGAGGUUCCGGAUUAUUUGGAUCACAUUAAAUAUCCCAUGGAUUUCUCUACCAUGAGAAAACGGUUAGAUGCCCAAGGGUAUAAAAAUCUCACUGAGUUUGAAGAGGACUUCAACCUGAUCAUUGAUAACUGUAUGAAAUACAAUGCGAAGGACACAAUAUUCUAUAGAGCUGCUGUGCGGUUAAGAGAUCAAGGAGGAGUUGUUCUGAGACAAGCUAGACGAGAUGCUGAGGCAAUUGGCUAUAAUAAUGAAACUGGAAUGCACUUACCUGAACGGCCUAAACUUGAAUCUCCUCCACCUUUCACUUGGGAAGAUGUGGAUAGGUUACUGAAUCCUGCUAACAGAGUGCACAUGUCUCUGGAAGAACAGCUGAGAGAAUUGUUAGAGAAGCUGGACCUUACCUGUGCAAUGAAAUCCAGUGGGUCUAGAAGCAAGCGAGCAAAGCUUUUAAAGAAGGAGAUUAAUAUGAUCCGCUGCAAGAUAAGUCAGCAACAUCAUCAGGCCCCUCAGACUGAAUCAGGUAUUGGAAGUUUCGAAGAAGAAAAUGCAGUAUUAGAACAAGAAGGUGAAGAAGAAGGAGAUAAAUCUCCCCCUAAACUUGAACCAUCAGAUGCAUUACCUCUUCCUUCAAACUCGGAGACUAAUUCAGAGCCACCAACCCUCAAACCAGUAGAACUCAAUCCAGAGCAGAAUAAGCUUUACAAAAGAGUAAAAUUUGACAAUGAAUUGUAUAGUACUUCCAUUCAGAAAGAAAUAAAUGGACACACUCCAGAACACUUACUUGACAAUAAUCUCAGUGAGUCGACCGUUUCUGCUGUAGCUGAGUCAUCAACUGAUGUAAACAGACGUACAUCUGUUCUCUUCUGCAAAUCGAAAAGUGUAAGCCCCCAAAAGUCUGCAAAGAACACUGAAACCCAGCCAACUUCUCCACAGCUAGGGACCAAAACCUUUUUGUCUGUAGUCCUUCCAAGGUUGGAGACACUACUGCAGCCCAGGAAAAGAUCAAGGAGUGCAUGUGGAGAUUCUGAGGUGGAUGAUGAGUCCCCUGUAAAGCGUUUGGAUACAGGCCUUUCAAAUGGUUUUGGAGAUGGCAGUAAAGACUCAGAGUUAGAUGACACACCAGGAAGAAAAGUAGAACCUCGUCGCCGUUGUGCAUCUGAAUCUAGUAUAUCUUCAAGUAAUAGCCUCUUGUGUAACUCAAGUAACUCUUCAAAUGCUUGUAGUUUUAGCCUGCCAAAAUGUGGGAAAGGCAAACCAGCGCUUAUACGAAGACACACGUUAGAAGACAGAAGUGAGUUGAUAUCAUGCAUUGAAAAUGGAAACUACGCAAAAGCAGCAAGAAUAGCAGCUGAAGUUGGACAUAGCAGCAUGUGGAUCUCAACUGAUACUUCCAGUUCUGUUCUUGAGCCUCUAAAAGUUGUAUGGGCCAAAUGCAGCGGAUAUCCCUCUUAUCCAGCACUGAUAAUUGAUCCUAAAAUGCCUCGUGUUGCCGGUCAUCACAAUGGUGUUACCAUACCCGUUCCACCCCUUGAUGUGUUGAAAAUUGGAGAACAAAUGCAGACCAAAUCUGAUGAGAAGCUUUUCCUAGUUUUGUUCUUCGACAAUAAAAGAAGCUGGCAAUGGCUUCCAAAAUCUAAAAUGAUUCCACUUGGGAUUGAUGAAACAAUAGACAAGUUAAAAAUGAUGGAAGGUCGAAACUCAAGUAUUCGCAAAGCUGUAAGAGUUGCUUUUGAUCGUGCAAUGAACCAUCUAAGUAGAGUUCAUGGUGAACCUGUCAGUGACUUCAGCGACGUUGACUAGGGUGCAGCCAAGGUGCAAGAACCCUUCCCCAUCUUGUAUAGAAACCUACAGAUUAACUUCUGUCUAGAAGAAUGUACUGAAGAUACAACUUUGUAAUCAUUGAUCCAGUGGCAGAGUUCUACCAACUUAACUGGUUGAGCAGUUCUUCUAAAUCACCAUUGCCAUACUGAUUUUUAUCAUUGUGUUGCCGUUGGGAGGAUUUUCCACUAAAAUAUAUUGUUCAUAGUGUUCAUAAAGUGUACAUAUAUGUAUAUUCAACUCUUAACUUAUUCCGGUUUUAGAGGUAGCUUUUUAUUUCUUUUGUGUGGCUGGGAAAAGGAUAGAUUGUUGCUUCCAUUCUUUCUGCAUUUUGAAAAAUAAAUCUUUAGCACCACCUUCCAGCUUAAGGUGCUAGGAAUUAAAAUAACAUCAGAUAAUUUUGCCUAAAUCAUAUGUGAUACGGUGCUGCUUAUGUAUUUUUGUGAUCUGUAGCUUUUUAACAAGACCUCUGAAUGUUCGAUUCUUGCAUAAAUCAUUACUCUUUGCACAAAGUACCACAUAGUUAAAGAUGUAAAUUUACAACAACUAAUGUGUAUUUUAAGAGAGGAAACUGCAUUAUUUUGUAGGGUACUUUGUGAGAAAGAUGACAGAAGUAAAAAAAAAAAUUAUGCUAUGUACAUCACUUGAAAAAUCACCAAAAACACUCCAUUGUUGCCCAAAAUAUCACUUUAGAAAUUCUUUUGUGUUUUACACAAAAUUGGCUUAAAGCCUCUGAGUAUAUUGUUUCUUGCAAAACCAUAUCCCAUUUAUCUCCCCUACAUUUUAUGUGCCUCCCUGUGUUAUAUUUAUUGUAGAAAAUGUAUUAAUUUGAUUUAUAAAGAAAAAAUAAAUGAGAAAGUAUAUUGAUAUACAUUUUUAUACAGGCACAUAAGACAACUUGCUUUUGGGGAAAAAGCUGUCUUGGAAAUGGUUGUACAAAAUAAUUUGAUGGGCUGUGUGUAAUUUUGACUUCUUUUGUAACUUGUAAUCUUUGUUUUCAAUGAGGGGAUUUAUGUAACUUUUAAUUUUAGAACACUUUGGUAGCAAUAGAAACUUUGGAUACAUUUUUGUAUGGUACAUGUGAUGUAUAUAGAAUUAGUACUUUAUUUUUAUUUCGAAGAAGUAAAAGCAUUACAUUUAGGGAAGGAAAAUGGUAGGGUGGGUUUGCAGUAAUAACAUUUUUAUAUUAAAAAAUAAAGUCAAAAUAUUGA